GCCAGGGCAACAUUCCCAAAACCUUUUUCUGUCUUUUUCGAAUUCGCUCACAGAUCGCUUCUUCUUUUCAUGAAAUUCUUUUCGUUCGCUCGGAAAUCUCCUGUUUCGCUGCUGGUUAUGGUGAAUCCACACACACAGGGUGAGGUUUUCUCAAUCAAAAUCGCUCGCAAAAUGCAUCUUGAUUUCCUUUAUUUUCGUUUCAUCGGACGAUUUUUGAUCUUCCGUUGAUGAAUUAACCCUAGUUUAUUCUGUUGAUCUACGAGUGUUCUUUCUCCGGUGAUCUCCGAAUCCUAUCUCCGGUGAUGUACGAGUGUUCUUUCUCUGGUGAUCUACGAGUCCUUUCUCCGGUGAUCUACGAAUCCUUUCUCCGGUGAUCUAAGAAUCCUAUCUGCGGUUCUCUGUUUGGAGUGUGGAGGAGAAGAAUCAAUUACAAAGUCCUUGCAGGCUUAGCUUGUUGAUGUACUUUGCAUGGGCCAGAGAAGCAGAGCCUCUAUUCUGUUUUCAGCUGUUUGCGAUGGAAACAACACUUAUGAUCUGGUGAUUUUUAUGUUCUUACAUACUGCUGACAAGUCCUGAUUCUCUGGUAAGCUGCACGGCAUUGAAUUUUAGUUCCACUGCAAGUUCAUUUCAUGUUUCAUUUUGAGCAAAGUCUGUUGUUGACGUUUAAAACAGCCCAUUAUUUGUUGGAAUUUAAACUUGCUUUCAAUGGUCAUCACCAUGUUUGAGAGGAUGGGCAGGAAAAAGUGAGGGAAAAGAGAAAGUUAGUUUAAUGGAAGUGAAUUAUAUUUUAUGAUAUGAGCUAAAGAUCAUAUGUUGUACUAGUACGUUAGCUGAGUGGCUCAAAUAUAUUGGUGUGAUAUCAUCACAUGGAGUUGGUAGGAGAAAUGCAAUGUUGCUAAUUUUUAAGAAGUUCAUGUUUAAUUAAUAGUCAUAGUGUCAUACCCGGACUUGUUACCCUAAAAUGGCUUUCUAGUAUAAAUCAUUGUCUUGCUCUCACAACCUUGAUUUAACAAUGGUUAAAGUUUUUAAGCUUCUGAAUUAUAUUGGUUCUCUACCCACCAAUUACUUAACUAAUUGAAAAUACAUACUCAUUAGAUUGAAUUAUUCUUAUUGAGCUGGUAUGCUUUGAUAAAUAUGCUAUGAUGCUCUGUUUCCACUAAUUCUGCUGCGUAAAUGUGCUAGUUAAACUCUGAGUAGGAGUGAUAAUUGAGGAAAAUUUACUGGUUGAACUCUGAGUAAGGGUGAUCAUAGGGAAAAUUAGUUAUUUUGGAAUUUUGGAGAUUUUCUUGAUAUGGUAUUAAUAUUUAUGAUUCCUUGGUUUAGAUGUUUGGUAUCUGGAGUUUUUCUCAUUAUUUCUACAGCUAACCUUAACAUUUAUCUCUUUGUGAUUAUUUUCCUUUUAUUUUGAGUGAUGUCUAAAAAGACAAAUUUGCCAGGUUUUGGUGAAAUAUGGGCUUGAUGGUGGUUUGUUUAUGCAUUUUUGCUUCUAUUAUAUUUGUUUUUUCAUGUUAGUCAUUAUGUGGUCGUGAAGGACGAUUUUCAUC